ACUACCAACAACAUGAAAUUCGCCGUCGUCUUCUUCGCCGCUUUGGUUGCCGUGGCUUUGGCCAAACCUUUGGACUCCGACAAGGAUGCCCAAGUCUUGAAAUACGACUUCGACAACAUCGGAGUUGAUGGAUACCAACACGCUUAUGAGACCAGCAACGGAAUCUCCGCUUCCGAAGAAGGACAUGUCAUCAAUGCCGGUACCGAAAACGAAGCCAUCGCCGUCCGUGGUCAAUUCUCCUACAUCGGAGCUGAUGGUGUCACUUACACUGUUACCUACAUUGCUGAUGAGAACGGUUUCCAACCACAAGGAGAUCACAUCCCAAAGGCCGACCAUUAAGUUUAAA